GACGGAAGGUAAAAAAAACGUGCAUUUUCUAAGGAUCGUUCUACAGAAUAUAAAACUACAGCGUAUUUCCGCCAACCUCACUUUCCCGUUUCCUUUCCUUCCUCCCUUUCCUUCUUUUUCAUCAAUCUUUCAUUCUUUGCAAUGGCAUCCACCGAUCCCAACGCCGAGAAGCAGGAACCCAAGGUUGAGCAGCAAGAUGCUGCUACCAACGUCAACGUGCCUAACGGUAUGUCCCUGACUGUUGAGGAACUGUACGAUAAGGACAAGUUUGAUUUGUCCACUAUGGAGCCUGGCGAUGUUUUCCAACUUUUGCAAACCACUACCGAAGGUUUGACCAGCACGGAAGCCGCCGCUCGUAUCGAAAAGUUCGGUUAUAACCGUCUUGAGCAUAAGGAAGUCAAUCCUUUCCUCCAGUUCUUGGGUUUCAUGUGGAACCCUCUCUCCUGGGUUAUGGAGGCUGCUGCCAUUGUUGCCAUUGCCCUUUCUAACGGUGGUGGUCGCGCUCCCGAUUGGCCCGAUUUCGUCGGUAUCAUUCUCUUGUUGUUGGCUAACUCAAUCAUUGGUUUCAUGGAAGAACGUCAAGCUGGUAACGCUGUCAAGGCUCUUAUGGAGUCUUUGGCUCCCGAAGCCAAGGUCAAGCGUGAUGGUGAAUGGAAGACCAUUGAAGCUGCCGAACUUGUUCCCGGUGAUGUUAUUUCUAUCAAGCUUGGUGAUGUUAUCCCCGCUGAUGGUCGUUUGGUUGCUGCCCACGGUCAAGUUUCUAUCGAUCAAGCUGCUUUGACUGGUGAAUCCCUUCCCGUUACUAAGGAAGCUGGUGAUGAAAUCUUCUCUGGUUCCACCUGUAAGCAGGGUGAAGCUCAAGCUAUCGUUAUUGGUACUGGUCUCAACACUUUCUUCGGUCGUGCUGCCAAGCUUGUUGGUGAUGCCAACGAUGAAAUGGGCCAUUUGCAAGUCAUUCUCGCCAAGAUUGGUAACUUCUGUAUGUGCACCAUCGGUAUCUUCUUGGUUCUCGAAAUCUUGGUUAUGUAUCCCGCUUUCAAGUACGACUACCGUCGUGGUAUUGACAACUUGCUUGUCUUGCUCAUUGGUGGUAUUCCCAUUGCUAUGCCUACUGUCUUGUCCGUUACCCUUGCCAUUGGUGCUAAGCAACUUGCUGAACACAAGGCCAUCGUUACCCGUAUCACUGCUAUUGAAGAAAUGGCUGCUGUCACCAUUCUUUGCUCUGACAAGACCGGUACUUUGACUCUUAACAAGCUUAUUGUUGACAAGCCUACCGUCAAGUCCUAUGCCGACUACAACAUUGAAGAAAUCAUUCAAUUCUCUGCCUACGCUUGCCGUACUGAGAACCAGGAUGCCAUUGAUUUCUGUAUCUGCAACUCUCUUCCCGAUGUCAAGCUUGCCCGUGACGGUAUUGAAGAAAUGGAAUUCAAGCCCUUCAACCCUGUUAUCAAGCGUACUGAAAUUACCUACAAGGAUGCUGAAGGUGUCGUUCGUCGCGUCACCAAGGGUAUGUCCCACACCAUCUUGGAUCUCUGCACCCGUGAUAAGACCGAAGAACAAAUUAAGGCUCUUAACGAUGAUGUUGAUGAAUACGCUCGUCGUGGUCUCCGUGCUCUUGCUGUUGCUAUUGAUGAAGUUCCCACCGGUGGUGUCGAAGAUGAAGGCAGAGGUUUCAAGCUUGUUGGUCUUCUUCCCAUCUACGAUCCCCCGCGUUCCGAUACCAAGGAAACUAUUGACCGUGCUAUCGCUCUUGGUGUUUCUGUCAAGAUGAUCACUGGUGAUCAACUUGCUAUUGCUAAGGAAACUGGUCGUCGUCUCGGUAUGGGUGACAACAUGUUCCUUUCCAAGACUCUUAAGGAUGGUCCCCCCGCUGGUUCUGGUUACUCUGAUAUGGAUGAGCUCGUUCUCCAAGCUGAUGGUUUCGCUGGUGUCUACCCUGAACACAAGUACGAAAUUGUCGAGCGUCUCCAGAACAUGGGUCACAUGACUGCUAUGACUGGUGAUGGUGUCAACGAUGCUCCCGCUUUGUCCAAGGCUAACGUCGGUAUUGCUGUCGCUGAUGCCUCCGAUGCUGCUCGCUCUGCUGCCGAUAUUGUCCUUACUGAACCCGGUCUUUCCGUCAUUAUUGAAGCCAUCAUUGGAUCUCGUCAAAUUUUCCAACGUAUGCGCAACUAUUCCAUCUAUACUUGCUCUGUCACCAUUCGUGUUGUCGUUGGUUUCGCUAUUCUUUGCUUCGCUUUCGAGUUCGAUUUCCCUCCUUUCCUUGUUCUUAUUCUCGCCAUUCUUAACGACGGUACCAUUAUGACCAUCUCUACUGAUCGCGUCUCCACCAUUUCCCAGGCUCUUAUUUUCAUUACCCGUUCCCGUGGUUUCUUCUUCACUGAUUGGGUAUGAACAAGAAGAUGGAUGCUAAGGAAAUGCGUCGCUUCUCCUCUGUCCAGACCAACCACGCUGCUCAGAUCUUGAACUCUGACUCUGCCCCCAACGCCAGAGCAUAAAGCGCUUAAAGUGUAUAUAAUCCAUAUUUUUCUUUCUAUACAAGAACACCCAUCCUCCGGUAUAUCCACAUCAGAA